UUUCAAGUUCACCAAUUUUAUACGGCUUAACACUCGUGACCACAUAUGUGAGCAUCCGGUGUAUUCACAGUGGCGUGUCUAGCUCGCUUGCAGUUUGGUAAUCUGCCCAAAAUGAGGUUUUUAAUCUGACCAAAAACACGUUGGUACCGGCAGGUAACAGAACGUCAUGGUUCGUUCCUAGGGUAUGCGGUUGGAGCCGCUAAACUUGUGUAGCCAACGACGUGUUUUGAGACUUGGAGUAGAUUUUGUUACAUGGCAGGAAUUAGUCCUCUGCGCUUACUAAUAGCCUUCAAACCAACUUCCGAGUAGCACACCGUGAUAUUGACAUGUUUGCUAAUUGUCAACGCUGAAAUGUUUAUCGUCAGUUAUCGAGGUGUCAAAACGACGCACGCCUUUUGUCCCACAACCUUCUUUAAAUAAUUACUCUGUCUACUUAGCGUUGAGAUAAAGUGGGCUGUUUUGCACUUCCCUUAGUUUGGUCAGGCGUUCAGUCUUGAAGGAUCAAGAAAGCAACGCUCGUCGACAAAGAGCUGUUAGUAAGUCGCGAUCUUCGAAACCGUCAUGGAGACCUCUAAUUCGAGUAGAACUGCUUUUUCCGUCAGGGAUAUUCUCAAUAUGCCUCAAUCGAAGGAGAUGGACACGAAAAGAGAGAAUCCAGAUAUUCCAACGAAAAAGCUUGCCAAUGAAGUCAAGGAUGGACCACCAAGUCGGGAAGCGAAAGAACUGAAGGAGUCAUCUUUAAAAGAAAAACAGCCAAAGCUGGUGGCGUCAAGUGUUGAAGUCGAGCGACAACAAAGUUCCAAGGGGAAGCAGAAGAAACGUAAGCGAAGGGUGUUGUUCACGAAAGCUCAAACUUUCGAACUGGAACGAAGAUUUCGUCAACAACGUUACCUCUCCGCUCCUGAGCGGGAACACUUGGCGAGAAUGAUAUGCCUUACGCCAACACAAGUCAAGAUUUGGUUCCAAAAUCAUCGCUACAAACAGAAAAGACACAUCAGCGAGCACGGGGAAGAUGCCUUCGAUAGCCUGAGCAUGGCUCACAGCAUUUCAGCCUAUCCGAUGCUCGUGAGAGAUGGCUUAGUCUAUCACAACCCAACUGGCAACUACACAUCGUAUUUUCCACCGCACGGAGGAGAAUUUUGCGGUGUUUACCCUGCACAUCUCCCAGCAUCUCCGUACUUUACCGCUGCUCCUUGCCAUUCGUGGUAGAAGAAUUGUGAAAGCGUGCUUAUGAGAUAUGAGCUGGCCUCAGUAGACUUGAAUUCGUUACAUUUCAUGAAUUCUAUACUGAUAUACGUGCACGGAUUACAGCCUUAUUUCUUGAACUACGAUGCAUUGGAAAAUACUCUGAAGUUUCCCGUGAAGACCUUUUGCUUUCAAAGCGUCUUAAAACGCGAUAUCUGAAGCGAUUUCACCUUCCGCUCAUGCAUGCAAAUCACAACAAAAUUUAUCGCCUUCAUCCACGAACCCACGCGUCUUAAACCGGAUAAAUUGAAGACAUAGAUACAGUAGUUCUAUAUAAUAGCAACAAAAUGUUUCGGUUGAACUCAAAAGUAAUUAUUACCUUUCUCAACUUUGUAAAUUUAGUAGUAAAAUUUAUCCUCGAAAAAUACCAAUGGACGAAAACAACAACUUAUUAAUGCAUAUAUACACAGGUUGUAUUUCAGCAAAAUGCUCGAAAAAUUUGGAAAUAUAUAUAUAGAUAAAUGUAAGCUCAAAGUGAAAACGUUUGUCGCUAGUGAAGAGAUCUUCUGUGGACAGUUUAAAAAAUAUUUUAAA